AUUGUUUAGAGCCUAGGUCGUAUAAAAAACCUCUUCUUUUACCCUCUCUUAGUUGCCGUGAAUGCUUAACGCACACUCUCUCCCUCUAAAUCCGUCACACUCUCUCUUCUUUUGUAACUCUCGCCGUGUUUUUUUUGGCAGUCUGUUUCAUCCGUGACUGCUUUGGUUUUUGAAUGGAAAAAGGAGCGGCUAAAAACGUUUGGUCGCAAUCAGGAUAUUCAGUAGUGGGGUGGUUUGAUUCCUCGCUUUUAUCGUUGCUCUGUGGAUUACUUUACGAGGUUUUGUGGUACAAGGUUUCGUUCUCUAGAGAGAGAAAGAGAGGGAGUUCCUAGCAUUUAAAUUGUGGUUUUUUUUUUUUUGAGAGAGAGGGGGAGUGAGUUUUGGUGUUUAAACAGUGGGUUUUGUGUAAGAAAGGGUUGUUGAGAGUUCAUGGGUGCUUGAUUGGGUUCUUGAGAGGGAGUUCUCAUUCGCAUUCAAUUGUGUUCUUGAGAGAGAAAGACUGAGAAUUCAGUGAGGUUUGAUUGGGUUUGUUGGAGAGUGAGAGAGUUCAUCAACUUGUGAUUUGGAUUGUGCAGAGUGGUGAUGAGAGACAUGGGGAGAGAGAUUGUAGAGGGAGAAAAGGAAGGGGAAGAGCUCUUGUUCGUACCUCCUCUCAACUUUGCCAUGGUCGAUCACGGUGUCUUUCGCUCUGGUUUUCCAGACAUUACGAAUUUCUCUUUCCUUGAAACUCUCGGCCUUCGCUCCAUUCUAUACCUUUGUCCAGAGCCUUAUCCUGAAUCCAAUGAAGCUUUUCUUAGAUCGAAUGGGAUUAAACUUUUCCACUUUGGGAUAGAAGGCUGUAAGGAGCCUUUUGUGAACAUUCCAGAGGAAACAGUUCGAGAAGCGCUGAAAGUCGUACUUGAUGUUUGUAAUCACCCACUUUUGAUUCACUGCAAAAGGGGAAAGCAUCGAACGGGUUGUGUGGUUGGGUGUUUAAGGAAGUUGCAGAGGUGGUGUUUGUCCUCGGUAUUUGAUGAAUACCAGCGCUUUGCUGCUGCCAAAGCAAGGGUUUCGGAUCAGCGGUUUAUGGAGUUGUUUGAUGUUUCGAGCUUGAAACACUUGUCCACUUCUUUUACAUGUCAUAAAAGGUAAACGUAUUCCAUCAGUUGAGUGCACUUAUUUCUGUUCCUUCUUAUUUUGUUUUAGGUUUUUUGACAAAAUUUGUAUUCCUGCCCCUGGAUAAUUGGGUGAUUGUGUGGGGAUGUAACUGAAGGAUAAAGAAUGCCCCUUCAAUAAUAAAUAAUCACGGGAUCUAUUUUUUUU